AUGACGAGACUCAUCGGCCUCGUCGCUUCCGCCGCCCUCCUCCUCGCCGGCCUCAGCGACGCUGAUGAGCUCUACACCCCGAAACAUGAGGCUGGGCGCUGUGCGAUCAGAGGCCACUGCGGCUCCAAGGGCUUCUUCGGCAAGCAGCUGCCCUGCGUCGACAAUGGUCCUGCCGAGGAGCCCGACGAGAGCUUGCGCCAGCAGCUCGUCGACCUUUGCGGUCCGAAAUGGAAUGAUGGACCCGUGUGUUGCAAUGCUGAACAGGUGAAAUCGCUGAAAUCUGAGUUGUCCACCGCCAACCAGAUCAUAUCGUCAUGCCCGGCAUGCAAGGAGAACUUCUACAACCUCUUCUGUUCAUUCACAUGCUCGCCCGACCAAUCGCUCUUUAUCAAUAUCACAAAAACAAUGGAGAAGAACAAGAAGACUCUGGUCACUGAACUCGACCAGCUGAUAUCUGAAGAGUAUGGGACCGGCUUCUAUGACAGCUGCAAGGACGUCAAAUUCGGCCCCUCAAACGCAAAAGCAAUGGACUUCAUUGGUGGAGGCGCGACGAACUACUCGGGUUUCCUCAAGUUCCUGGGUGAUGAAAAAGCUAUCGGAUCGCCGUUUCAAAUCAACUUCCCGAAGAAAUACUCUGAGCCAGGGAUGGCUCCAACCGGCAUGAAGCCGAAAGCCUGCAGUGACCCCGACUUCCGCUGCGCAUGCGUCGACUGCCCAGCUGUAUGCCCGGAGCUUCCUGCGGUCAAGGAACGUGGCUCGUGCCGCGUUGGUGUUCUGCCCUGUCUCUCAUUCGCAUCCAUCUUCGUGUACUCCGUGCUUGCCUUCUCCUUCAUCGGAGCAGUCGUGGGCCAUGUCGCAUGGAAGAAGCAUGCGCAGCGUCGCAGCGAACGCCUCCGCCUGCUGCAGGACUCGACUGCAAGCGAUGAUGAAGACGAGGGCGAUCUUGUGCACAAUCCUGCUAUGCUCGACCGGCCAACGAAAGCCUAUCGCAUCAACACGUGGUGUGACGCCGCUUUUUUCAAGCUCGGUCACUGGGCUGCUAGAUUUCCAGCCAUUACAGUCUUCACGAGCUUGCUCAUUGUUGUCGUUCUAAGUCUAGGAUGGAUUCGCUUUGACAUUGAGAAGGACCCGGCUCGUUUGUGGGUGAGCCCAACUUCUGCCGCGGCCCAGGAGAAGGCAUUCUUCGAUGAUAACUUCGGUCCCUUCUACCGUGCCGAGAAGCUUUUCCUCGUCAACGAUACCCAGCCUUCUGGUCCCGGCCCAGUGUUGAGCUACGAUACUAUCAUUUGGUGGAUGGAUGUGGAGAAGAGCAUCAAGCAGCUCAAGGGUCCCAAGUUCGGUGCAACACUUGGUGACGUAUGUUUGAAGCCAACAGGCUCUGCGUGUGUGGUGCAGUCUGUUGCCGCUUAUUUUGAAAACGAGCCAGCACUGGUUGGCAAGAACUCUUGGAAGGACGACCUGCGACACUGUGCCCAAUCACCUGUGGAUUGUCGCCCAGAAUAUGGCCAGCCUCUCGAUCCGGGCAUGAUCCUCGGCGGCUACCCCAAGUCUGGAGACGUCGCCGAAGCAACUGCAAUGACUGUUACUUGGGUCGUGAACAACUUCCCUGAAGGCACCUCUGAGGUGGCUCGAGCGAUGGAUUGGGAAGAGGCUCUCAAGAAUCGAUUGCUUGAUCUCCAGAAGGAGGCCGAGGACAGAGGCUUGAGGCUUUCCUUCUCAACCGAGAUCAGCCUGGAAGAAGAGUUGAACAAGUCGACAAACACUGAUGCGAAGAUCAUCGUGAUCAGCUAUAUCAUCAUGUUCCUCUACGCAUCCGUAGCGUUGGGUUCCACAACUCUCGGCCUACGCGAUCUUCUGCGCCAUCCAGCGAUUUCCGUCGUCCAGUCCAAGUUCUCGCUAGGUGUUGCUGGAAUUGUGAUUGUCCUCAUGUCGAUCACAUCGUCUAUUGGACUCUUUUCUUGGGCUGGCCUGAAGGCUACCCUUAUUAUUGUGGACGUUAUUCCAUUUAUCGUUCUAGCCGUUGGUGUCGACAACAUCUUCCUGAUUGUCCAUGAGUUCGAGCGAGUCAACAUCAGCCACCCCGAUGAUGAGGUUGAGCUGAGAGUGGCCAAGGCUCUAGGUCGUAUGGGACCAUCGAUCCUGUUCUCUGCUAUCACAGAGACUGUGUCCUUUGCACUGGGCACAUUUGUCGGCAUGCCAGCAGUCAGAAACUUCGCUGCUUAUGCUGCAGGUGCUGUGCUCAUCAACGCCCUUCUUCAAGUCACAAUGUUUGUUUCGGUCUUGACGUGGAAUCAACACCGAGUUGAGGACUCUCGUGUCGACUGCUUCCCUUGCAUUCAGCUUAGGGCUGCCCGAGUGCAUCUUAACGGGAGCAACGGCAACGGCUUGAGCUCACGCUACUAUGAAGCCCCGGAAGAAAGCACCCUUCAGCAGUUCAUCCGCAAACAGUACGCACCAUUUCUACUGGGCAAGAAGACCAAGGCUAUCAUUGUUAUGAUCUUCGCCGGUCUUUUCGCGGCUGGCGUUGCCCUAUUACCCGAGGUCGAACUUGGCCUUGACCAACGAGUCGCGAUUCCUGACGGCUCGUAUCUCAUCCCAUACUUCAAUGAUUUGUACGACUACUUCGACUCUGGUCCGCCGGUAUACUUUGUUACCAGAGGACGAAACUUCACUGAGCGAAAGCAUCAACAAGAAAUCUGCGCGCGUUUCACUUCAUGCCAGCAGAUGUCUCUGACCAAUAUCCUCGAACAAGAGCGGAAGCGGACUGAAGUGUCAUAUAUCUCUUCACCCACGGCAAGCUGGAUUGAUGACUUUUUUGCGUGGCUCAAUCCUGAAAACGAGGACUGCUGCAAGGAUCAUGGCUCCACAUGUUUCGAAGGCAGAGAUCCUGCUUGGAACAUCACCUUGUCAGGCAUGCCUGAAGGAGAGGAGUUUAUUUACUACCUGGAGAAGUUCCUGAAUGCUCCAACUGAUGACAUCUGCCCUCUUGGUGGUCAAGCGUCUUAUUCCUCGUCGGUGGUCUUCGAUUCGACAAAGGAUACCAUACCAGCAAGUCACUUCCGGACAAUGCACUCUCCACUUCGCAGCCAGAAUGAUUUCAUCGACGCCUAUGCAUCCGCUCGCCGAAUUGCCUCUGACAUCAGCAAGAGCACCGGGGCUGACGUCUUCCCCUAUAGCGUCUUCUACGUGUUCUUUGAUCAAUAUGCCUCUAUCGUCGGGCUUAGCGCCGCUUUGCUUGGUGCUGCAGUUGGCGUCAUCUUUGUCGUCUCUGCUGUCCUUCUAGGAUCAAUACUUACCGCUGCAGUCGUCUCCAUCACGGUGAUAAUGACAAUCAUUGACAUUAUCGGCGCAAUGGCUGUGGUAGGCGUCUCACUGAACGCGGUGUCGCUUGUCAAUCUGAUCAUCUGCGUCGGUAUCGCCGUGGAGUUCUGCGCCCACAUUGCUCGAGCGUUCAUGUUCCCGUCUCGGACCUUCAUGGAGCGUGCUAAGAACCGCUUCCGUGGCCGGGACGCCAGGGUGUGGACUGCACUGUCGAAUGUCGGCGGGUCGGUCUUCUCCGGCAUCACGCUCACCAAGCUGAUCGGUGUCUGUGUGCUUGCGUUCACGCGCAGCAAGAUCUUCGAGAUCUACUACUUCCGCGUCUGGGUGGCUCUCGUCGUCUUCGCUGCGAGCCACGCCCUCAUCUUUCUGCCUGUGCUGCUGAGCAUCGCCGGAGGUGAUGGGUAUGUCGAUCCUGAGAGCGAGGGUGGUCUCGAGGAGGACCUGGCGAGCAGGCGAUACAGGGCACUGGUCCCGGAGGAUAGUGACUCAGAGGAGGGUUACUAG